AUGGCCGCCGCCGCCACCGCCGCCGCCGCGACCGGCACACUUCUUCCCCACGCACUAUUAAAUCACCGCUCGCCUCCGCCGCCGCAGCUCCUCGCGCUGUCCUCCUCCUUCCGCCGCCUCUCCUUAUCCACCUCCCAUCGCCGGAACACCCAUUUAGUCGCCCACGCAGACGCCGGCGCCGCAGAGCCGGAGCCCGCGACCGAGCCUGCUCCUGAGGGCGAGCCUGUCGCUGCCUCUGCUGACUCCGAGGAGGGGGAGGCGGAGGGGGCUGUCGCAUUGGCGGAGGAAGAGGAGGAGCCGGCGCCGAGGCCCAAGCCGAUUAAGUUCGGUGAGAUCAUCGGGAUUCUGAACAAGCAGUUCAUCGAGGAGGCUGAGAAGGUGAAAGUGCUUCCGGAUUUGAAGCCCGGUGACAUUAUCGAGCUUAGAAUGCAACGUCCAAACAAGAGGAGAUUGUCUCUCUUUAAGGGUAUAAUCAUUGCAAAGCACAAAUCUGGUGUUCACACCACGAUCCGCGUCAGGAGGAUUAUUGCCGGUGUUGGAGUUGAAAUUACAUUCCCCAUAUACUCACCAAGGAUCAAGGAGAUCAAAGUAAUCAGACACAAGAAGGUGAGGAGGGCAAAGUUGUACUACCUGAAGUACAAGCUUCCCCGUUUCUCAACCUUCAAGUGA